AUGUUUACCAAAAAACACAACGAAUGCGUCGGAUUCGAGUCCUGUUGGAAAGUCAAACGGGUUUAUUCGGUAUCCGAUACCCAAACAUCGGACUUCGAAGUAGCAGACAAAACGGUAAACACCACACCGAAAGAAUGCAUAAUGGUUCAAACCGACCCUCUUCCCACACCUUCCCUCAUCGAAGGCGUCGACAUGAACAAAGUGGCCGGAUUCCUCAAGGAGCUGUAUCCCGACAUGAAGAAGGCCAUCGACGAUUGCAACAAUUCCAAAGCCUUCGUCGGAUACAGAAAACGCCUCGACAAAGACGAGGUCAAUUGUAAAUUGCUCCAAACGUUCGGCUACUCGAAGCUAAUCGAGGAAUCAGGCGAUGAGGGUGCGAAGAGGGUGUCGUGCAUGAGCUGGAACCAAUCGGGUCAAUCGUUGGCCUGUUGUCGCGGGUUCGAGCACGAAUCGUGGUGUUAUCAUCGGGGUACCGUGUACGUCUAUACGAUGGCUAGCAACGGGAAGUUCUCCGAUCAACCGAAGAAGGUGCUGAACGCCGACAAUUGCGUGGUUUCCAUCAAAUUCCAUCCCACGCGAUCGGGCCUAUUGGCCGGUACAACUUACUCCGGUAAUAUAAUCGUGUGGAAUUUGCAAAACAACAACGGCGAAGAGGCCGUGAUAUCGAAAAACGUCCACGACGAACUCGUCACGCAAGUUUCUUGGACCAACGAUGUGGAUCCGGAGAAAUCCAUCCUUUUGGCCACUACGAGUACCGAUGGUUUGUUGAAAUUGUGGCGAUUCAAUCCUCUCGGAAAGACCCAAGACGACAUGCUCAGCUUAAGAGUCAGGUACAAAAUCAAGCCUCCUUUGUUGAACAACGGUAACGUUCGAAAAGCCGAAGAGUCGGAAGAAUAUCCCCGAAACGUGGUGAUGAAAGAUACGAACGGUGUGGUUUGUUUCGAUUUUUCCAAACAUUUUCCGGACACGUUUCUCGUCGGUUUGGAGGGAGGUUUCGUCGUGCAAUGUUCCCUAUUGGGAGCCACCGAAUUGAAAGGUAGUACUAAAGCCAAUCCCUUGUUCGAUCCCUCGUUCAAGUACUACGAACCAGUCGAGGGCGAGAUCGUUUCGUUGGCUUUCUCCCCCAAUAGAAAAGACCAGUUUCUCACGUACGGCACCAACGCUGAGAUCAGAAUUUACCUGAUCGGACAAGAGGAUCCGGCUCAAAUGAUAUUCCUGAAAACCGGCUUGUUGGACGUGACUUUCGUGCCCUUCGAGGACAAAUUGCUGGCCGGUUGCGGAGCGAACGGGUUCAUGGAGGUGUUUCAUAUACAGAGUGCUGAGAGAAUAGCCACCGGUACCGAAGAACCGGUGAAAAAAUCAGUUUCUACUAGUAUUUCGAUCAAUUGUUCGAGAAAUAAUCUGGUUGCCAUCGGUAAAGCUAAUGGGGACGUUCAAUUGUGGAAUGUUCCUUGGAGUUCAUUGCAAAACAGGUUUGAUUGA